GGAGAAAAUAUGACGUCAAUAUAGGAAGUCGUUGUAGAGCAACACUACAGCGAUUAGUGGCAAAAGAGAGCGUGAUGUCGAGGAGUUAGAGCAUCCCAAUCUCUCCACACCUCAACUUUGAAAGAAAGUUCAGUAACCAUAACAAAAGGACGUGGACUACACAGAUCCACUUGCUUUCCACAUUUCACCUUGAAUGUAACAACAUCUUGGAGCGCAGGCUAUAUUUCUCUUUUUCUUUGCGAAAGUUGUUAUGAAGACGACUUAAGUGCUCAUCCUUUUCUUGUACUAUGGAAGGAUCCAGUGGGUCUAGUUUCGGAAUAGACACUAUUUUGUCCACAACCAAUUCUGGCAGCUCAGUACUGAUGAACGGAGAUUUUCGCCUCGGUGACAGUAACAGAACAGCGGAUUUCAGGAGCCAGGCGACCCCAUCACCAUGUUCGGAGAUAGACACUGUGGGAACAGCCCCCUCAUCCCCGAUCUCAGUUACGAUGGAGCAUCCCGAGCCGCAUCUGGUCCAAGACAGCCUUCAGCAUCACCAUCACCAUCACCAUCAUCACAGUCAGGCUCAGAGCUUGCAGCUUUCACCCCAGCCUCAUCCGCUCGGUCAGGCUGGCUGUGCCCCCAGGACUGCCACCUCCUCCUUUCUAAUCAAAGACAUUUUGGGCGACAGUAAACCGCUAGCAGCGUGCGCUCCUUACAGCACCAGUGUACCAUCUCCACAUCACAGCCCCAAAACAGAGAGCGGAACCGCCCCGGACGGCAUCAGGCCCAAACUAGAGCAAGAUGAAAACAGAAGCAAACUGGACAAAAGAGAUGACAUUCAGAGUGAUUUAAAAUGUAACGGAGCAAAAGAAGAGGGCGAUCGGGAAAUUUCUAGUUCGAGAGACAGUCCUCCAGUCCGCUCUAAAAAACCUCGCAAAGCGCGGACGGCCUUCUCCGACCAUCAACUUAACCAGCUGGAGCGCAGUUUCGAAAGACAGAAAUACCUCAGCGUACAGGACCGAAUGGACCUGGCAGCAGCCCUAAACCUCACAGACACACAAGUCAAGACUUGGUAUCAAAACCGACGGACGAAAUGGAAGAGGCAGACGGCUGUCGGAUUAGAACUGCUGGCUGAAGCUGGAAAUUAUUCGGCUUUACAGAGAAUGUUCCCAUCUCCGUAUUUCUACCACCCGAGUUUAUUAGGUACCGUGGACAGCACGACAGCGGCCGCCGCCGCCGCUGCCAUGUACAGCAGCAUGUACCGGACUCCGUCCACACCGCAUCCAUCUCUCCAGAGACCGCUCGUCCCCAGAGUGCUCAUUCACGGCCUGGGGCCCGGGGGACAACCGGCACUGAACCCGUUAGCUAACCCAAUACCGGGCACACAGCAUCCUCGGUAAAACGAAAAGACACGGGGGGACAAAUGUAUCACACGUGAUGUGACAGACUGCGCUGAACUUUCACAAGACGCAUUUUCUCUCCAACACUGAGAGACGAUUUUAUCGAAGAAAAAGAUGUAUUAUUUAAAACGGACCAUUUCUGACGUCUAGGCCAGACUAAACCAGACGAGCCUGUGACCGUGACAGUAAAAGGACUGUUCAUUGUCAGAUUGUUUGUUUUGUCUUUUUUUUUUUGGUACAAAUACACUUAUACUAGUACAUACGCUUAUAAAGUUUAUUAGAUCAAAAUGGGUGAAAUAAAGACAAAAUGAUAAAAA